UUAUUGUUAUGGAAAAUAGUAAAAGAAAAAUGAAUUCUAAUGCACCGACGAAAGAGUGCCAGUAUGGAGGUGAAUGCUACCGUGUGAAUCCGGUUCAUUUCCGCGAAUAUUCCCAUCCACACAUUGAAAAAUUACUUGCCAAGUCCGCUUCGUGGUCAAUGGUCGAAAUUCCCGACGAUGUAAAGGUACACAAAAGCGUGUUUGCCGAGCAACUGAAAAUUGUAUCCAAUCUGUUUCCACAUCACCCUUCUUCCGAUUCGAUUAACCCCGAAAAGAAAUCCAGAACGGAACACAUCUCUUCCGGUCCGAUUCCCACAACUUCUGCACUUCCGCUAGUCGGAGUCGCGAAAACGGAUUCAAAACCUUCAACCACGGGAAAAGACAGCAAAAACCCGAUUGAAUCACUAUUCGCCGAACGGAGGGCAAAAAUGCAGUCCACACAGAGAGACAAACCGACAGCAACAGUAGUUGCGCCACCGAAGGAAGAGUCCUCAGCCAGCGUCUCAUCCGUCGAUACGGGGAUAUCCUUGAAACAGGCUAUUCCGCGUGACAUUAGUUCGUACUUUCCGGUUGUGGCACCACGGGGCCGUAUGGCAGAAAAGCUUGCAGCGGCAGCACCGUAUAACUUUUUCCUUACCACCAUAACCGCGUCCAAACCCACGCAUACGGAACCACUGGCCGUAACGUUCCAGGAGCUGCUCGAUUCGAGCCUGGGUGAGCUCGAGUGUUCGGUGCAGAUGAACUUCAUGGUAGACAUCGGCUGGCUGUUGGCGCAUUACUUUUUUGCCGGGUACGAAAAUGUCCCGCUACUCGUACUGUACGGCGAUGAAACGCCCGAGCUGCGGAUGGUUACGCAAAAGAAGCCGAAUGUUACGGCGGUGAAGGUAGAGAUUAAAACGCCAUUCGGGGUACACCACACGAAAAUGGGCCUGUACGGAUAUAAGGAUGGUUCGAUGCGUGUCGUCAUUUCGACCGCUAAUCUGUACGAGGAUGAUUGGCACAAUCGUACACAGGGGUUAUGGAUAAGCCCACGGUUGCCAGCGGUUCCGGAGGGAUCUGACACGACGUACGGUGAAAGCAGAACCGAUUUCCGCGCCAGUCUGCUGACUUAUCUCGACGCAUACAAACUACCCCAGCUGCAGCCAUGGUUGGCACGAAUAAGAAAAACGGACUUUUCCGAUGUCAAAGUAUUUCUCGUAGCUUCAGUUCCGGGUGGUCACACGAAUACGCCGAAAGGCCCGUUAUGGGGACAUCCUCGCUUGGGCUACGUACUCUCUCAGCAUGCCGCCCCAAUCGAUGACGCCUGUCCGCUGGUGGCACAAAGUUCCAGCAUCGGUAGCCUUGGCCCCUCACCCGAAUCGUGGGUAUUGGGAGAAAUUAUGGCAAGCUUUCGGAAGGAUAGUGCCCCGGUCGGCAUACGUCGGUUGCCUGGCUUUAGGAUGAUUUAUCCGAGCUACUCGAACGUGCGCCAAAGCCAUGACGCUUUGCUCGGUGGAGGUUGCCUACCGUACGUUAGGAGUACGCACGUGAAGCAGGAAUGGCUCAAGGACUAUCUUCAUCAGUGGUGUAGUCGAGCGCGUCACCGCAACAAAGCGAUGCCGCACAUCAAAACUUACUGCCGCUGGUCACAUCGAGGUUUGUACUGGUUUUUGCUUACUUCCGCCAAUCUGUCGAAAGCGGCAUGGGGCGUUUACAACAAGACCGGUCGGUUCGAGAAGCCAUUGCGUAUCAAUAGCUACGAAGCGGGUGUACUAUUCCUGCCCAAGAUGAUGCUGGAUGAAAACUUUUUCCCGAUGGAAGCGAACAAGAAACAUCCCCCGUUUCCGAUGCCCUAUGACAUCCCGAUCAUUCCAUACGCCCCAGAGGAUACCCCGUUCUUUAUGGAUUAUUUACACCAGUGAAUU